UCUCACUGUUUCUAUAGUAGUGGAUUUCUAAAUUUAUAAAAACAGAACAUUUGUGUGUUACCUUGUGUUCUAAUAACCAAGCAAUAGUUAUGAGAUAUGUUUUCUCCUGGACGUAACAAGAAACCAGAAUAAAAUGUUACAACCACUAUCCAUUACGGCUUUGGAACAGACAUAUAGAACAGACAAAAUGAGUUCAAGUACUGAACAUGAGCUGCUUGAUGUUAGUCAACCUACAUAUAAUGAUCAUAUUGACUUUUUGGAUAGUAUGGAAUCAUUGAGUUUGUAUAAGGACUUUGAUGAAACUGCUGAGGGAAGAAAAUUGUAUUUUGAAGAUGGAAGGCGAAGGAUCGAUUAUAUCAUUGCAUGGAAUAAACACAGUAAGAAGAUGACAGAAUCACAGAACGCUCGCUCGACUUUUCACGAUAACUUGAAGAAAGAGUUCCUAGAACUUGAAGUUGAUACCAGUGAUGCCGAAAUCCAUUUUAUGAAAGUCCAUGCACCAUUCAAAGUCUUAUGUCGUUAUGCAGAACUACUUAAAUUGAAAGUUCCAAUGAAAGAAACUCCUGAACUGUUACAUUUUGCUAAACAGUAUGAUGAGCAGGUGUUUUAUCUGGAUACAGAUGGAACAGAGCAAGUGGUUGUAAAAGGUGAAGGUCCUAUAAAGAAGUUGCAUAAAUUACGGCGACAAGUGUCCAAGAAAUUGAAAUCUCCAUUUUAUUACGACAAAGAGGUGUUUAAACCAACACCUAAACAGUACAAAUGUCCGUUCUCACGGGAUAAAGAUUAUUUAUUUGCAUAUCCAGAAAAUCCUGAAGAUAUUUUCAGUCAAGGCAUGAGAACUCGAAUCGUAGAUUACAUUUUAAGAAGAACUUCAUUUGGAGAUAAAGAUGCAGAGUCAUAUUCUUGUGGUAUAAAGAAAAUGAUAAGUGAUGGAUAUUAUAUUUCUGCUUUCCCAUUACACGAAGGCCACUGGAAAAAAGCGACAAAACCUAAUAUUCGAAAAGAUCUGUAUGACAACUGGGGGCAUUGGAGUCAGUUUCUCAAAUUUCAACCAUUGCACUACAUAAAAGAAUAUUUUGGUGAGAAGGUAGGAAUUUAUUUUGCCUGGCUUGGAUUUUACACCCUCAUGUUGAUUCCAGCAGCAAUUGUUGGCUUUGGUAUAACGGUCUAUGGAUUAAUCAUUAUGAGAGAUAAUUAUGUCAGUAAUGAAAUCUGUCAAAGCACUAACAUCACUAUGUGUCCUCUAUGUGACCAUCGAUGUCCAUAUUGGAAUCUUUCUGAAGCUUGUUCCCAUUCUAGGGUCAGUGCUAUUGUAGACAACGGAGCAACUGUAUUUUUUGCAAUUUUCAUGUCUUUCUGGGGUACAUUAUUUUUAGAAUUUUGGAAAAGAAAGCAAGCUGUCAUUCAAUGGCAAUGGAACCUUCAUUAUCAAGAAGAAGAGGAACCGCCUCGCCCAGAAUAUCUUGCUAAGAUGGCCAAUGAUAAAAAAUAUAGAAGAGAUCCAAUUUCACAGAUUGAUGAACCAUACCUCCCAUUUUGGACUCGCCAGAUACCAGUUAUCUGUUUUUCCUAUUCACUUAUGCUGUUUAUGGUUAGCAUCGCGAUAGCAGCUGUUUUGGGUGUGAUAGCUUUCCGAGUGUCAAUGUUGGCAGCCCUUCAGUUACGAGAAGAGAACAUCAUUUACAAAAAUGCUGGUUUAAUGACAACACUAAUUUCUGCUUGCAUCAAUUUACUCAUCAUCAUGAUAUUGAACAUAAUUUACAGAAGAGCAGCUUUCUGGUUGACUGAUUUGGAAUGUUUACGUACACAAACAGAGUAUGAUAAUAGCCUGACCUUCAAACUAUUCGCUCUGCAAUUUGUCAAUUACUAUUCAUCCAUAAUUUAUAUAGCUUUCUUUAAAGGAAAGUAAGUAUGUUCAUGAAAUUAUAGACAGUUUCUCAAUGUUUCAACUUGUUCAUGUGAACCAGGAGGCUGUCUGAUUGAGCUUUGUAUCCAGCUUGGUAUCAUCAUGACUGGAAAACAACUUCUACAAAACAACUUAGUAGAAAUUCUCAUUCCGAAAUUAUGGAAAUAUUGCAUGAAACGAUGGAAAGAAGCUGCCAAGAAGAAACUACCAAAUACCCCUUGGGAGAAAGAUCUCCUUCUGACUGAUGUUGAUACCACGACUCUGUUUUAUGAAUAUUUAGAAAUGAUUCUUCAAUUUGGGUUUCUAACCCUAUUUGUAGCAGCUUUCCCCAUGGGUCCACUGUUCUGUUUAAUCAACAAUAUAAUAGAAAUCAGAGCUGAUGCCAAUAAGUUUGUUACUACAAUAAAACGACCAACUCCACAAAUUGCAACCAAUAUUGGGAUAUGGUACAGUGUACUUUACGGUAUCUCAAGAAUUGCAAUUCUAUCAAAUGCAUUCAUCAUAUGUGUGACAUCAGAUUUUAUACCUCAGUUAGUUUACAAACUAGGCUACAGUUUAGAUGAUAACCUCAGUGGCUAUGUGGAGAAUUCCUUGUCCUAUUUCAACACCAGUGAUUUUGAACUGAAUCACCGUCCUUUCAGUAUGCCAAAUGAAACAGUGGUAGAGAUUUGUCGCUACCGGGAUUAUCGAAAUCCACCUUGGGAUGACAAUAAAUAUGAAUAUUCUGAGAAAUUCUGGCAUAUCUUUGCGGCAAGGAUGGCUUUUGUUGUUGUUUUCGAGAAUUUCGUCGUCGUUUUUACAAGUAUAAUUGCAUGGUUAAUUCCUGAUGUUUCAAGUAAAACGAAAGAACUUAUUCGCCAGGAAGCUUACAUAACCCAGAAGAUUAUCAUGAACGAAGAGCUAAAACGUGCACGAGAAGAAGCACUAUCAGUAGAAAAUUACAAACCAGAUCGGCCGCCAUCUGAAGGAGUCAGUAGGCGUAAACCAAAUUUUUUCUCAACUCCAGACGAAACUGCCUAAUUAAUAAUUAUAUUAUUGCAAGGCAUAAAUGGUUGUACAACAUAUUGAAAUGUUUUUAUAAUAUCUGUAACUUAUUGUUUGUUCAUUUUUUUAUUAUUUUAUUGUGCAAUUUAUUUUGUGUUUUUGUUUAACAUUUUCUUUAUUUUAUCACCCCUUGUUUUACCUUUUUUUUUUUUUUUUACAAGACGAUCUUUGCUCAUAAUAAUGUUCAGAUUUUGUAUCAUCUGAAACUUUAGCAAAAAGUUGUUUUUUUUUUCUCUCUUAUUUAAUCAUGAUUUUUUAAUUAAAAAAAAAACCUUUUUCAGUGAGAAUUGUCAAAUGUAAAAUAUAUUUUGGACAUUUUUUUAUUAUCAUUUUUAUAUUCUCAUUUAUUUUUAUUCAGUAUAAAAAAAAAAUGAAAGAAACUAAAGAUUGAAUCUCAUGUUGAAACAAACAAAAUUAUUGUUUUGAUCCAAAACAAUUGUUUCUACUUAAAUUUUGCAAUGCAUUCUCUUCAAAUUGGUUUUAAAUAUUCUUACCUUGUUUCAAACAAAAAUCCUGGUUUUGUAAACAUAAGAACAUGUUUCCCUUUCUUUUUUGUUUAUAGCAAUAUUAUGUAAACAUAAAAAUGGGUUUCUUAUAGCAAUAUUAUGUAAACAUAAAAAUAUAUCAUUCUUUUUUUUUUUAGAAAGAAGAUAUCAGCAUUCUUAACUAGUAAAAAAAAUUAAUUCAUUAUAAAAGACAGAAUUGGUCAAGUGUCUGACCUGCCAUUCUCCUAAGGUUCAUACAAUAAGUACUAGUCAAAGUUCUUGGGUCAAACUAAUAGCCUAUACCUUUCCAAAUUUAUAGCAAUGUGCCAAUUCUAGUUGAAGAAAAAUUUUCAUUAUU